AACAUAAUAUUAUAAAUUUUACUAUGCAUCUAAAUCAAACAUAAACAAUUAUUGUCGCCUCCAUUCGCCAUUCGAGUUGUUACAUCAAAUUAAAUGACGGUUCAUUAUGAAAGUCUUCUCAAGUGCAAAAGAUCAAUUUCUACCAAUCGCAAUGUAGAUGUAAUGUAUGUCAAUUUGAUCAGAGUAUUUUUUUGCGAAUAAAAGACCAAAGAAAAAUCUGACUAUGUCGAUUCUCAAUAAGAACUUCGGGAGACUCUUCGGUAGUUUGACACAAGAAACAACGCCGAGGACACAGACUGUCAAAAACAAGAGAUGCAACGUUAUGAACAAGAAACCACAUGAGAAUAUUUGGAUGAGCGGGAAAUAUAGCAGCUCCGAGGACAGCUUGGAAUCUAUCAUAUGUCACGCAUUACAAGACGAGUCGACGCAGGAACAACCUUGGAGCAAGGAGGAGAUCGAAGUAGCAUUAACGAAUCUUCCGGGAGGCAAGACAGCUUUAUCUCUGAUUCCUACUCUUCAUGGCGAUGCUCUACAAAAGGUUCUUGAAGAAUUUCAAUGUUUGACUCUCAACAAAAAUGAGGAUCGCAAGCAUCGCAUAUCAUUGUCCACGUUCGCAGAUGAAGUUAAGCAAAAGACUGCAUUGGUUGACGAAAAUAGAGCAGCGGCUACUACGACUCCGGGACAAUUACUUGCUGGAUGGCCGGAUACAUGUCUACUGAUUUCUAGCUGGCUAGGUCAUGUAGAAAUAGCUAAGGCUUUGUUAGACAAAGGCGUGCCAGUUUCUAUGACGGACAAUGAUGGAAGGACACCGCUACAUCUGGCAGCGUGCGCCACGUCCACGAAGAUCGUGGAGGAGCUAUUGAAACAUGGUGCUGAUCCAUGUAAGUGGGAUUUCGAGAAAAAAUGCACCCCCUUGCAUUGCGCUGCCGCAGCUGGUUGCGUUGCUACUGUUACAUGCUUAAUCAAGUCAGGCGCAGAUGUGGAUGCUAGAAGAAGUCCACUUUAUUACGCAGUACUGAACAAUGCUGUGGAUUGCGUCGAAACUCUAUUGCAAGCAGGUGCUUGUCCUAAUAAUCCACAGGUUUAUACAAAGAUGCCUCUACACGUGGCAGUUAGUUUGGGCAAUGUCCACUGCACCAAAUUGUUAUUGGAUCACGGCGCGGAUGUGACAAUGAAAAUGGCAAUCACAAAAUCGACGCCCCUACACUUGGCGGCAGAAGAGGGUAGCGCGGAAUGCACUAGAUUACUGUUGAACGCCGGUGCGAAGACCGAGAAAAGAAACUCGCGCGGUCAAACGGCGAUGCACUUGGCGACGCUGGCCCAAUCUGUAGAGACACUAGACAUGUUGAUUAGCGCUGGUGCAAAGGUGAAUGCAGAGGACAAUGAAGAACGCACCCCUCUACAUGCUGCGGUUGCAAGUGCCCGGAAAAGCAGCGAACUGGUCAAGACUUUAAUACAAGCAGGGGCAUCAAUUAACAAGGCGGACAAGUUCGGUUACACGCCGCUACACAUCGCGGCUUUAAACGAGAGCUCGUGUACGGUGAUGAUGUUGUUGUCAGAAGGUGGCGAUGUAACGGCGCGUACCAAAGGCGGCGUCACCGCACUUAGCUUCAUCAUACGCCGUACUCCGGAGGUGUUAUCGCAACUUGUGGAGCGUCUCGAUCAAGCAGUCUCGUUACAUGAUCACGAGCUGGGCGAUGUGGACUGUGAUCUUCGACUGGAUUUUCAACCAUUGGUUCCAUUGUACGGUCGUAACGAAAUGGACCUGAUGCUCUGCCUGAUGGAGGUCGGACAAGGUCACAUGCUAAAGCAUCCGUUAUGCGAGAGUUUUCUCUAUCUAAAAUGGAAGCGUAUUCGCAAAUUUUUCCUGCUCAGUCUUCUGUUCCAUUUAAUCUUUGUCGCCUUUUUCACCAGCUUCAUCUGCGCGACAUAUUUAUGGCACAAUGAACAGCUGAGCAGUGUCCUCUUCUGGCCAGUACUAGGUUUUACCUGCAUACUCGCGAGUAAAGAGCUCUUCCAAAUUACCUAUGGUAUUUGCUAUUAUACUAAAUGCUGGGAAAACUGGCUACAAUGGAGCGUGAUUGUGGCAUCCAGCAUUAUCUUGAUCCCUUCAGCGCGUCAAUGGCAAUAUCACGUUGCGGCCGUAGGUAUUCUGCUGGCCUGGAUCGAGCUGAUGAUGGUGAUCGGUCGUUUCCCCAUAUUUGGCAUUUAUGUACAAAUGUUUACGCGAGUGUCCAUUAAUUUCUUCAAAUUUCUUACAGCCUAUAUUUGUCUCAUAAUCGGCUUCUCUCUUAGCUUUAAUGUGCUGCACGACAAUUACAAGUCUUUCACUGAUCCGCUGAUCAGUCUGCUUAAGAUGGUGAUAAUGAUGUCCGGUGAGCUGGAAUUCGAGGAAGUUUUCUUCGAUAAAGAAGCGCCACUUAAGUAUCCUGGCACGGCGCAUCUUAUGCUUCUUUGCUUUGUUAUUUUGGUGACGGUGAUAUUAACGAAUCUAAUGGUUGGUCUGGCUGUGUCGGAUAUCCAAGAGUUACGUAGAUGCGCAGGUCUUGAACGAUUGGUGCGUCACGCCGAGGUAAUAGCUCGUUUCGAAAACAUGCUAUUCUCUAAAUUGAUUGAUUACACUCCCGCGUAUAAAAUAAUACAAGCGUGCAGGAAAAAUACGCGAUUGUUGCAUCCACCGCAUCAUUGUUCCCUCCAUAUUCGACCGAAUGAUCCGCGCGAAAAGCGUCUGCCACGAGAGCUCAUGCAAUCGUUGUAUCGUCUGGCCGGCGAGCAGAAAAUGCGACGAGCGACUUUCUGCAGCAGCAUAUCAUCAUUCGAAAACAUUACCACAAAUAAACCGAAUCAUGCGAGACUCAGCAGGAUGUACAGUAAUGACAGUAAUCAACAGCAACUGAACGAACUCGUGGCUGAGCUAAAGAAAUGUUCCCAUGACGUGGCCGAGCUAAAGAAAUGCUCCCACGACAUCAGUAUCAGGUUGGAUAGCUUGACGAACAAGAUAGAGAGUAUCGUCCAAGAUGCAGAUUUGACGAUAAUGCGGAUCCACAGAAAAAUAUCACUUUGUCGAGUUCCAUUAAGAAGAAGACUUCGAGAGAUUCUUCGGCAGUCGUUUGACACGAGAAACAACGCCAAGGAUAUAGAUUGUAAAAACAAAAGUUCUGUUAUGGAUGGAAACGUUAGUGGAAAGGACGAAUACGUGAAUAUUUCGCCCAGAACGAUACCAUAUCCGCGGACAUAUACCAGCUCCGAAAGCAGCUUGGAAUCUAUCAUAUGUUAUGACACAAGACGAGACGCAUCAAAAGACGAGCUGACGACGCGGAAACAACCUUGGAGCAAGGAGGAGAUCGAAGAAGCAUUAUCGAAACUUCCGGGAGGCGACAUAGCUUUAUCUGUGAUUCCUAUUCUUCAUGGCGAUGCUCUACAAAAGGUUCUGGAAGAAUUUCAAUAUGUGACUUUCAACAAAAAUGAGGAUCGCAAGCAUAACAUAUCGUUGGCUACGUCCGCAGAUGAAAUUGAGCAAGAGACUGUAUUGGCUGACGAAAAUAGAGCAGUGGAUACGACUCCGGUACAAUUACUCGUAGAAUGGCCGGAUACGUGUCUACUGAUUGCUAGCUGGCUAAGUCAUGUAGAAAUAGCUAAGGCUUUGUUAGACAAAGGCGCGCCAGUUUCUACGACGGACAAUGAUGGAAGGACACCGCUACAUCUGGCAGCAUGUACCACGUCCACGAAGAUCGUGGAGGAGCUACUGAAACAUGAUGCUGAUCCAUGUCAGUGGGAUUUCGAGAAGAAAUGUACCCCGUUGCAUUGCGCUGCCGCAGCUGGUUGCGUUGCUACUGUUAAAUGCUUGAUCAACUCAGGGGCACAUGUGAAUACUAAAAGAAGUCCACUUUAUUACGCCGUGCUGAACAAUGCUGUGGAUUGCGUCGAAACUCUACUGCUAGCAGGUGCUCGUCCUGAUAAACCACAGGUUUAUACAAAGACGCCUUUGCAUGUGGCGGUUAUUUUGGGCAAUAUCCAUUGCGUCAAAUUGUUGUUGGAUCACGGUGCGAAUGUGACCAUUCAAAUGAGAACAACGAAAUCGACACCUCUACACUUGGCGGCGGAAAAAGGUAAUGCGCGAUGCACUAAAUUACUGUUAGAUGCCGGCGCAAAGACUGAGACAAAAAACUCGAAUGGUCAAACGGCAAUGCACUUGGCAACGCUCGCCCAAUCUGUAGAGACGAUAAAGGAGUUGAUUAGAUUUGGCGCAAAGGUGGACGAAGAGGAUAAUGAAGGACGCACUCCUCUACAUGCUGCAGUUCCAAGGAAAAGCAGCGAACUGAUCAAGAUUUUAAUACAAGCAGGCGCAUCAGUUAAUAAAGCGGACAAAUUCGGUUUCACGCCGCUGCACAUCGCUGCUUUGAAUGAGAGCUCGCACACAGUGGAGAUGUUGUUGUCAAAAGGUGGCGAUGUAACGGCGCGUACUAAAAACGGCGUCACCGCUCUUAGCUUCAUCGUACAACGUACUCCGAAGGUGUUAUCGCAACUUGUGACGCGUCUCGAUCAAGCAGUCUCAUUAAACGAUCAUGAGCUUGGCGAUAUGGACUAUAAAUUGCGAGUGGAUUUUCGACCAUUGGUUCCAUUGAACUGUCGCAACGAAACGGAACUGAUGCUCUGUCUGGUGGAGGUCGGUCAAGGUCACAUACUAAAGCAUCCAUUGUGCGAGAGUUUUCUCCAUCUAAAAUGGAAGCGUAUUCGCAAGUUUUUCGUGCUCAAACUUCUGUUCCAUUUAAUCUUCGUCGCUUUCUUCACCGGCUUCGUCUGCGCGAGAUAUGCGUGGGACAAAAAAGAUGAGCAGCUGAGCGGAGUCCUCUUCUGGCCAGUAUUAACUAUUACAUGCUUAUCUGCAAGUAAAGAGAUCUUCCAAAUGACCUAUGGUAUUUACUAUUAUACUAAACGUUGGGAAAACUGGUUACAGUGGAGCGUGAUAGUGGCAUCCAGCCUCAUACUGAUUUCGCAUCAUACUGAUUCCCCGCAUCGAUGGCAAUAUCACGUUGCUGCCGUAGGUAUUCUACUGGCCUGGAUCGAGCUGAUGAUUGUGAUCGGUUGUUUUCCCACGUUUGGCCUCUAUGUGCAAAUGUUUACGCGAGUGUCCAUUAAUUUCUUCAAAUUUCUCAUAGCCUACUUUUGUCUCAUAAUCGGCUUCACUUUUAGUUUUAAUGUGCUACAUCGCAAUCACGAUUCCUUCGCUAAUCCGUUGAUCAGUCUGCUUAAGACGAUGGUUAUGAUGUCCGGUGAGCUGGAAUUCGAGGAUAUUUUCUUCAAGGAUAAAGAUGACAAAGAUAAAGAUGACAAAAAUAAAGAUAACAAAGAUAAAAAUGACAAAGAUAAAGAUGAGUCACUAGAGUAUCCUGGCACGGCGCAUGUUAUGCUUCUUUGCUUCCUUAUCCUGGUGACAGUGAUACUAAUGAAUCUAAUGAUUGGUUUGGCUGUGUCGGAUAUCCAGGAGUUACGUAGACGCGCGGGUUUCCAACGAUUGGUGCGUCAUGCCGAGGUAAUAGCUCGUUUCGAAAAUAUGCUGUUCUCUAAGUUGAUUGAUUACACUCAUCCGUGUAAAAUAAUACAAGCGUGCAGAAAGAAUACACUAUUGUUGUAUCCACCGGAUCGUUACACCCUGCAUAUUCGGCCGAAUAAUCCGCGUGAAAAGCGUCUGCCACGAGAGCUCAUUCAGUCGUUGUAUCGUUUGGCCAGUGAGCAGAAAAUGCGACGAAAAAUUUUUCGUGGCGGCGCGCCACAACCCCAAAACGUCGCGGCGAAUAAAUCGAAUUAUAUAAACAGGAUAUACAGCAAUGACGGUAAUCAACAGCAACUUGACGAACUGGUGGCCGAGCUAAACGAAUGUUCUCAUGAGAUCAGUAUCAGGUUGGAUAGCUUGACGAACAAGAUAGAGAGUAUCGCCCGAGAGCAGAUUUGACGAUGCAUUUAUAACAUUAUUAAUAUUGCCCAAUAUUCUAUCGUCGAACAUUUGAAUUGCUUUAAAAAAGGGAAAUUGGGACUCGGAUGGUCUAUCGAAACAGAAUCUAAAAUUCUAGGUAAAACGCAAAGAUGUGAUAUACUCAAGCAACUAACAAAUCGAAAAUAAUUAUAAAUGUCUUCAGAUGUAAAUUUUAACGAUCUAAUUUGUGAUAAUCCAAGAACAGUUGUGGAUUUAACGAAUCAUGUCAUUUCCAGUAUGAUUUAUA